UCUUGGAAAAACCUCCGACGUGCGCCGGCAGCCGGCGGCCCUCUGCCCCGCUGCCGUCCGUCCAACCUGCUUCAACAUUCGUGCGCCUCCAGAUCCGACAGGCAACUGCCAGCCGGCCCCACCAGCCAGAGCUCCGGCCCCAACUCUCCAAAGCUAGCAGGAACAAAGCAAGUCUCCCCCCUUCGGCGCCGCUUCCCUCCCACCACCACCACCUCCUCCACAUCUCCGCGAUUUCUCCUCCUCCGCGGCGGCAGGACCCGCGGAUUCGCCGCAGAACGAGCCCCGGACUGCGUCACUUAGACGAGGAACUGCCGACCUUCGAGGCUUCCCUCUCCCCGGUCCCCCGAGCUGUCCGCCGGGUCCAAGAUCCCGUCCUUGAUCCAAAGAUCCCACCUUUCCCUCCGAUCCCGCAUCGAAUCUUGGAGCAAGGCCUGCGCUUUUCUUCCCCCAUGGACGGCGGCGGCGGGCUCCGGGGCAGCUGCCGGGUGGGGGCCGUGCUGCUCUUCUCUGCCUGGAUCGCACUCGCGGCGCUCAGCAGGCUGCUGCGGCCGGUGCCCAACGGGUGCGUGAUGACCUACAUGUAUCCGACCUACAUCCCCAUCGCCGCCACUCCCAGGAACGUGUCCUCGGACAGGUACGGACUGUUCCUGUACCACGAGGGCUGGAAGCAGAUCGACUUCGCCAAGCACGUCAAGGGGCUCAAUGGUGUGCCCGUGCUCUUCAUCCCCGGCAACGGAGGUAGCUACAAACAGGUCCGAUCAGUGGCUGCAGAGUCAUUUCGAGCAUAUCAGAAUGGUCCACUUGAGCCGACCUUUUAUCAGGAAGCAUCUAGCACCUUAUCAGUAAGUGAACGCGAAGAUUUUUCAAUCCCAUCACGGUAUGGCCGCAUGCUGGAUUGGUUUGCUGUUGACCUUGAAGGAGAACACUCUGCAAUGGAUGGUCAGAUACUUGAGGAGCAUACUGAAUUUGUUGUCUACGCCAUUCAUAGGAUCCUUGACCAAUACAAAGAAUCACAUUUAGCGAGAUCAAAGGGUGGUGCUCAAUCCUCUUGUAGCUUGCCAUCCAAUGUUAUACUAGUUGGCCAUUCGAUGGGUGGUUUUGUGGCUCGAGCAGCUCUUGUGCAUCCAAACUUAAGGAAGUCAGCAGUGGAAACCAUACUGACACUUUCCAGCCCACAUCAGUACCCUCCUAUUGCACUGCAGCCGUCCCUGGGUCAGUUUUUCUCCCAUGUCAAUGAAGAAUGGAGAAAGGGAUACAGGAUGGGAGUAUCACGUGCAAGUAGUCCGAAACUAUCAAAUGUUAUAGUUGUCUCUGUAUCAGGUGGCAUCCAUGAUUAUCAGGUUAGGUCAAGGUUGGCCUCAUUGGAUGGCAUUGUGCCUUUGACACACGGCUUUAUGGUAGGAAGCUCCAGUAUGAAGAAUGUUUGGUUAUCCAUGGAGCAUCAAUCUAUCCUCUGGUGCAACCAAUUAGUUGUACAGGUUGCUCACACUCUUCUUAGCAUCAUAGAUCCUGCUAAUGGGCAGCCAUUUUCAAGUACGCAAAAAAGAGUUUUUGUGUUUACGAAAAUGUUCCAAAGUGCAGUUCCUCAGUCUUUGAGCUGGAUGACUCAUGUUCCUGGUUCUCGGCCGUCAAGUUUACUUUCCAGUGAUAAUCGGGAUGUUAGCGAACUGCAGCAAAAGGAUUCACUUUCUUGCCCACCAUCUGUUCAAUGGACAAGUGAUGGCCUUGAAAAGGACAUGUAUAUUCAGUCAAAUUCAGUUACUGUUUUAGCAAUGGAUGGGAGAAGAAGAUGGUUAGAUAUUAAAAAGCUGGGAUCAAAUGGCAGAGGACACUUUGUUUUUGUAACAAAUCUUGCUCCAUGUUCUGGAGUAAGGAUUCACUUGUGGCAAGAAAAGCUUCAUUCGUCUGUGCAAAAUGAAACACCUGCCAGUAAAAAGAUAGUGGAAGUUACAUCGAAGAUGGUCCAAAUUCCUGCAGGACCUGCUCCAAAACAGGUUGAACCUGGGAGUCAAACUGAGCAACCACCUCCUUCUGCUUUUCUUCUACUAAGUCCGGAAGAAAUGAGUGGUUUCCGCUUCAUGACUAUAUCGGUGGCACCUCGACCGACAAUUUCAGGUAGGCCUCCCCCAGCGGCCUCUAUGGCAGUGGGACAGUUCUUCAAUCCAGAGGAAGGAGCAAGUGCAUUUUCUGUUGGCAGAAUUAUUCGCUCCAGCUUUGCUCCUGAAGAAAUAUUUCUGGCAGAGGAUCACCCACUGGCUUUAAAUUUGUCAUUUUCUGCAAGUCUGGGCCUUCUACCAGUAAUAUUAUCACUGGAAACUGCUGGAUGUGGAAUAAAAAAUGCUGGUGACCAAAUGGAAGCUGAGAGAAAUAACCUUUGUAAAUUGCGGUGCUUUCCACCCGUUGCUUUGGCUUGGGAUGUUGUAUCAGGCCUACACAUUAUUCCAAAUAUAUACUCAGAGACUCUAGUGGUUGAUUCAUCACCCGGUUUUUGGGAUUCACCUGAAGGGACGGACAGAACUACAGUGCUAGUCCUGGCUGACCCACAUUGCUCGUACAAAGUCAGUGCUCGUGCUUCACUUAGUGCUGCUGCAAGCAGAUUCUUUUUAUUGUACUCAUCAGAGCUUCUUGGUUUCAUGGUGGCUGUAAUGUUUUUUGGUCUGAUGCGGCAAUCGUCAGCAUGGGAACGUGAUUCUCCUGUGCCAUCCAUUUUGUCAGCUAUAGAGUCUAAUCUGAGACUCCCGAACCCAUUCAUGUUCCUUUGCUUCAUGCCGAUACUUCUGUUUGUUGCCUUUUUAUUUUUCAUGACGGAGCAAAACCCACCAUUUGGGACCUUCUUAUUGGUGACUAUGAUCUGCUAUAUAGUUGCUAAUGGUUUCACAAUUCUGUUGAUAAUAAGUUCAAAAUUGAUUCUUUAUGUGGCUGCCAUUCUACAUGUCUUCAUCAAGAGACGCUGGCAAUCAUGGGAGGAUGGUGUUCAAUCUGCAUUUCUUCGCCAGUUCGCCACUUUCUUAUUCUCAUUUCAGUCACUGAAGAUUUUCCAGAUGAUUACGAACAAUCCAAAUUUAAUUGUAGCAGUUGCUACUAUGCCACUUGCCUGUUUGGUUCAUCCAGCAAUUGGCCUUGGUUUAUUACUUCUCUCACAUGCCUUCCACUCUCAUUCAAACCUGUGCAGUUUUUUAGCAGCUUCUUUUCGUAGUAUCACUCAGAAAAAGGAUUUGUAUAAAUCCAAGACGGGUGAUGAUCCUGCUCUGCUAUCCAAAAGUAAACCAGAUGGGCUUCAGCAACUUCUUCCAAUGGAUGAUACUCCGACAGCUGCUAAAAGCUUUACCGACAGUCAACUAGAACUGUUUGACUGUCGGCAUGGAAUCAUGGUCUUGCAUCUUCUAACUACACUCAUGUUUGCACCUUCACUUGUUGCCUGGCUACAGAGAAUUGGAAUGGGGCAGAAUUUUCCCUGGUUCAUAGAUUCUGCCAUUUGUGUUGGUGUUAUUCUGCAUGGACUUUUCGGAUCACAACCAAAUGUCAGCUGUAUAUCGUUCAAGAUACCUGGAAGGAGAGGGGGCGAAGUUGGGCUGAGCUUCCUCUACCUCCUGGGCGGCUUUUAUUCCUUUGUUAGCUCCAUGGCAUUGGCGCCUUAUAGAGCCUUGUAUGCCAUGGCAGUCAUCGGCUUUAUAUGUUUUGCUUCCAGAAUUAUUGAGCGAAGAAAGAUGGUGAGAGGUGACAUAAGCUCUAGGAAAAGUCGGAAGCACUCACAUAGACACUAACGCACAUCUUGAAAAGUGUAAUUCUGCAAUAGUGUGGAACAAAUUAGUGUUAUCAUAGCAGCACCUGGUUUUCGGUUUAUGGUUCAAAACUGCAAAGCAUUGCUUAGGUGUGGAGGCCAGUUUUGUGAGUGAAAGCAGGGUAGAUUCUUGUUUGGGCAGUUGUGGCAGAGCUACGAUGAGAGUCAGAUUACCAUUGUCUGGAGAUUACUUGUUAGUGAGAGGUGAGGUCGAUGAUGGGCUUUUUUUAAGCUCAUCGUUUGAUUUUGCUUUUCCUGUAAUGUGUUUUGUCGGGAAAGAUGAAUCAGAUAUUGUACAUUGUUCAAUGCAAGCGUGUAGCAUAUGAAAUAACUUGUUGCGAGGAGAUAUUUAAGGAUUUUCUUUAAGAAUACAAUCAGCUUUGACAA